CCCCAAGCCGUAGCCAACUCGCCACACCCCCAAAUUCACACCUAGUUCCUACCUUUUACUCCAUUUCUACCUCCAAGCCCCACAUAACCUCCCAUCCUCUGCCAUACACUGGGGUGAGGGUGAUGAUGUCAGCCUUGUGUAUCUUGGAAGGUUCUGUGACAGUUGAGGCCCUGGAGGGAGUGGGGAAGAUCGGAAAAGCCUGGAAGGGGGAGCACAACUGUUGUACCUGAGGAAAAAUCUGAGGGGACUAAGAGGGACCUGAAGGGAUAAGAAGAGAUCCAGACCUGGGAAGGAGCUAAAGAGAUGGGAGAUAACUAUGACAGAAAUAAAAGAAACUAAAGACCAAUGUUAGGGCCUGAAUAAAGAGAGGAAGCAAAACCAGAUAAGGGCAGACCCGAUGGAUGGUCCGGGCUCCCGGUCCUGGGCUGGGUUUUGCCUGCCUUGUACCCAGCAGCCUCUCGGCCUUUAGUGGAAAAUGAAGAAAAAGCAUUCAUUAAGCCAAAAAGAUGAAUUGGUGCCCUUCAAAAUGGCCCUAAACACCCUUUGCCUUGUACUUCUCCUCCUCACUGUGUUCUUGCCCUAUUGGCUGAAGAUACAAAAUUCUCAAGAGCAUUUCCACAUGGGCAUAUGGAAAUCCUGUGAGAAUAAAAUAUGUGAGAAACUUAUGAAGUCAGUCUUACUUAAGGCAGUUCAAGCGCUGAUGGGCUCAGCCAUUUUAACUGGCAUCUUGGCUCUUGUGAACAUUUUCCUGCUGCUGAUCAGUGCAGUGAAUGAUAGGACCUUCUUCUUCCUUUCCUCUGCCCUGUGCAGCUUUGUCACUGCCUUACUGGGCCUUUUUGGUCAAAGCAUCUUCAUGGUGAUCACCAACACUUCAACUCUGGCUAACAUUGAUUUCCUUUAUUUUGACUGGGCCUUCUACCUAGGCUGGUGCACGUACGUCCUCUACCUCCUGAAUGGGUCCCUGAUCCUGGUGAGGAAGCACUCCACCAGGGUGAAGCCAGCAAGGCAAUCUACAGACAAGUCGAUGCAAGAGUGCAAGUCGAUGUCCACAUGAAGGCAGCUCAACUCCUCUGUCCUGGGAUGGACCGUGUGUGUGUGUGUGUGUGUGUGUGUGUGUGUGUGUGUGUGUGUGUGUGUAGACUCUGGGGCUCUUGAGUUUGUCUCCAUUCUAACAGUUUUUUGCCUCCAGGACCCCUUCCUCCUCAUUGCCAUUCUUCCCAAGAAUCUGCUGGGCUCUCUGUGCAUGGUGGGGAAGGGAAGAAGGAAAAGAAGUGGCUGAAGCAGCCUCCAAGCCCCACUGGGGAUCUGCUUUUCCAGCUAAGAAGUCAUUUAUAUAAAUAAAAACAGUCAAUAGCCACGUC